AUGGUUAAUUCAAACGAAUUGUCAAACAAACCAAUACUUUAUGAGUUGUUGGAAUAUUUUAUUCGCAAGCAAGAACCGGAAUUAAUAAAAUGCAAAAAUGAUACUGUAAUAUUGCCUACAACAGGGACAAUAAAAAAUGCACUUAGAUAUCUUAAUAAUCGGUAUUCUCUACCAGAGAGUAUAUCACAACAAAUUAGUCUUACUCUGCCAUGGAAGUUUGCAAUUGGAGAUUAUGGUCGUUUACUUGCUAUUCUACAAGAAAAUGUUAUAGAAAUUCGAAAAGCAAAAGAUGAAUAUUCUUCAAUUGUUGGAAAAGCUUCUGUACCAAAAGAUGCUUUUCCACAAUGGCGUAAAUUGGCUUGGAGCCCAGAUGGAACAAUCUUAGUAUUAGCAUCUAGCAAUGGUUAUAUUUCUUUUUAUAAUGCUUUGGGAAAUAAUAUUUUUAAUAUUAGUCCAAAAACUGUAUCCCAGAAUCCCCAUAUUUUAGAAGCUGGUGAUGCAAUAGCUUCUGUAAUAUUUCUCAAACCAAGAAUGAAAUCUGAGAAAUGGUCUUAUGAAUUUAUAUUAAUCACAUAUAGUGGUUUACUCAGAUCAUACCACGUUUCAACAACUAAUGAAUAUGUAGCAAAUUAUGAAUUUUCUUUUGGUAGCUUCUACAAAAAUGGAAUAAAUUCUGUUGUUUAUGAUGAAAAACAUCACUUAUUCUAUGUUGCAGGAAAUACAAUAACACAAAAAUUAAUGUCUACAGCUUCAGACAGUGGAUUAACAUCAUGGAGACCCCUGAAUGAAUAUCCAUAUUGCAAAUUAUCAUUUACUUUUGAUAAUGAAUCGAAGAUUAAAUCAAGAUUUUCUAUAUGGAACAUUAUUCCGACACUAAAUUUAGAACCAGAAUCAAUUAUAUUCAAAAUUAAAAUCUCUCCAAAUAGUAAAUCUUUAACAUGUUUACAUACAGAUGGCUCAAUAUCAUUAUGGAGAUUACCAACUUUGUUAAUACAAAGAAAGUGGAAAUUAUCAGAGCAACCAGAUUUUAAUGUACCAAAUCCUUUAGGUCAUGCAAGAUCCAAGAAAUUUCCACCAGGUGUUACUGAAUUUCAUCCAAUAGAUAUUGGCUGGUGGUCUGAAGAGGCAAUUAUAAUUGCAAGAUAUUCAGGUUCAACUUCUGUGUGUUCCACAAACGACCUAAAAAAUCUUUUAGGCACAAGUCCUGAAUUUUUAGCUGCACAACCACAAAUAUAUGAACUUGGUUCAAAUCGAGGUUUUUUAUGUUUAGAUUAUGAAACAUACAUAACAAGUAAAAAACGGAACAGAGAAUGCAAUACAGAAAAUCAAACAUCAGAAGCAUCUUCAGAAAGUGAAGAAGAAGCUGAUGAACUAGAACCAACUAGUAUAUUGAAUUAUACUACGAAUUUAAUGCAAAGUACGUUGUAUUCUAUGACUGACAUUGAAAGAUUUCAACCAAAAAAAAAAAAGUCAAAGCUAUUGUUUAGAACGUAUAGAAUCCUUGGACUUAAAAGUACGACGCCUGAAGAACUUUAUUCAAGAAAAAUUGAUAUAGAGGAAUAUGAAGAAGCUCUGUCUUUAGCAAAUAUGUACAACUUAGAUACAGAUCUUGUGUACCAAACACAAUGGCGAAAAUCUGAGUUAUCAUUGAAUGCUAUUCAAGAACAUUUAAGUAAAGUUACAAAAAGGUCUUGGGUUUUGCACGAAUGCAUAACGCGAGUCCCAGAUACUAUUGAAGCAGCAAGAGAACUAUUAAAUUUUGGGCUGAAAGGUGCAAACCUGAAAACUUUAAUAGCAAUUGGUAUUUGUGAUAAUGGAAAAUUUGUAAUAGAUAAUACUAACGAAGAUUGGAAUGAAAUGGAUGAAGCUAGUGUAAGCUUAAGACAAGUACAAAAAAUAAAUCAAGAGCUUGAAAAAAUAAAAAUUAAACAUUUAUCCGAAGCUCAGAAAGACUUAAUUAAGUACAGAAGAAAACUUCUAGAUCAUUUAGAUAAAUUACUUACGUACGAAAUUAUUUUAAAUUCUUCGUUGAAGUAUGAUAAAAAUUUUUACGAAGAAUUUCGACAGCUUUCAGCCAUUGAAAAUGCAAUUAAAUUUGCGAAAAAUGGAGAUUGCCGGGGAGUUGAAAUUAUGUUUACGUAUCAUGGUGAAUGUUUAAUACCCCAUUGGUUAGCAAUCAUUAGCUUCUUUCCAGAAACUUUAAAUCCUCUAAAGUAUAAAAAACUUUUACCAGAAUGCGAUACCGAUGGCCAAUUAUUUCUGCUUGAUCAAUGUGAGUUACGACAAAAAGAUUGGGCUGAGAAAACUGAAUUCAAUGAGAUAAUUAAUUUAGAGAGUAAUGAUAAGUCACAACUACUUUAUAAAUAUGACCCAUCACUAUGUAUAUACAGAAAUGUCUUACUUACACCAGAAUUACUGCAGAAAUGGUAUGAGUCACGAGCUUAUCAAAUCGAAAGAAAUAGUUGUAUGAUUGAUAAUGCUCUGCAAUUAAUAAAGAUAGCCAAAUUACAUAAUAUUAAUGGUCUAGACAAUUUGUUACUAGAUUUAGAAACAUUAGAUGACCUCAUUUAUAAAGUUUAUCUAGAAGACUUGUCUUUAGAUCAAUUACAAAAGUUAUGUAAUUUGGAAAAAAUUAAAUUAUUAAUGAGUAUAACUACUGAAAAAAGUUUUGUUGAUGAUAUAAAAAAUUUUGUAAUACCAUUUAUAAAAAGAAGGCAUCAAUAUUUGGGUGGAGAAUUACAGAAGCAUUUAUUUACUGAUUAUUUAGUAUCCACUAGUAAAGAAGAUCUAAUAUUACCAGUCAAACUUUUUGAAUACUUAAAACAGUCUCAUGAUAAUGACAUUCUUCACAUGAUAGAGAAUACUGCCAUCUUAGCAUUAGAUUGCAUAUAUGCUUGUAAUGAUCUUGAUAUCUAUGAAAAAGCAACAUGUAUCAUAGAUUCCAUUGCUAAAGAUCGCGAUGGAAGGAGAACAAGUGCUACAUACACUUUACUAGAAGAGCUGGAUAAAGAACUCAAAUGUACAAAAAUUUUAAAUAAAUAUGGUGUUAAAACUGCAUUAAAUGCAUUACGAAAAAAUAAAAGUAAUCCUGAAGCUGCAAAACAAAUGUUAAUUCAAAUGGCAAGGAGUUUAAACAAGAGAAUACCACCUCCAGAUGAGAAACAGUGGGCUCAAUUAUUGAACGAGAUGUUAGAAAUUCAUGGUCAAAUUUUUACAUGCAUUGAUAUAGAAAUAUGUUUUGAAAUUUGUGUAUCAGCACGUUUGAUGUCGGGAAUUAAAUCUAAUAUACAAAACUGUGCUACUUUAAUUGAGACUAAAAAAAAUGAACAGUCUUUGUUAAAAGUAUCUUAUGAAAAAGCAGUGAAUUUAAUUUUAGAUGCCAGUAAGGAAUAUUUUAAUAGUUCCAAAUCCUUAACCGAUUCUAAUAUGGAAUUAGCUAGAGCUUGUCUUCAUCUAAUUGUAGAUGAUAAUGCACAAAUAAAAGAGGAGUAUGAUCUCAUUAACUCGCUUCAAAUUUUGAAUGAAUUCAAUAUUCGUAUAUUACCGCUUCAAGUGCGAUUAAUGCAAAAUAGACUACAGUUGAUAAAAGACUGUUUAAACAAGCGGGUAGAUGCUCAUAAGAGUCGUCAACGAUUAUUAACAUUAGCAAAUUACUUACGAAUAGAAAUGAAUAACAGUAGAAUGCAAGAAGGAAAGGUUUUGGAAUUAAUUGCACAAAAAUCACUUGAGGUAAAGGACUUUAAUGUCUGUGCUGCUACAUGUCAACAACUAAUGCAAAAUAAUUACAUUUCUGCCUGGACAGUUGCUUUAGAAUUAGGAUUCUGUGAAAAUUAUGAAGAUUUAAAAUCUAGAAAAAAAUGUUUAUGGUUUGCAAUAAAUAAUGGACCUAGCGACAUUUUAAGUAAAGCAUUAGAUCAAAUACAUUUAAUAGAAAUACAAAUGUUACAUAAAGAUUUAGAAUUAUGGCUACCCCCAGAUUCAUUAUCUGAUGAUUAUAAUGAUGCUGAUAGUGAAGAGGAAUUUAUAGAUGCAUUAACUACUCCACAGAUAGAAACUAAAGAAUUUGUACCAAAAGUUUUAGAAGCUUCUACUGAGAUAGUCAAAACUUCUGCAAACAUUAUGAAAGAUUCAACGUUUGGUUUAAUAAAAAAUCUAAGUGACACAAAUUUUUGGAAAUCUAGGUUAAAUUUUAAUUUCUCAAAUGACCAAAAUAAUGAUACAGAAUAUGAAAAUAUAGAUAAUGAUGAUAUUCAAAGUUUUUCAUGUUUUUAUGAAGAGUUACAUAAAAAUUGUAAGCUUAGUAAUCUUGACACAAAAUAUACUAAUUACUCUAUGCCAGAUUUACCAAAUACGCAGCUUAAAUGCUGUCGCGCUUUUUUAAGAAUAGCUAUGUUAAGUGAAUCUUCUUGUUAUGGCUUAGAAGCAAGUGACAUUAAUCAUUUAUUUUUAGAAUGUGCAAAAUAUACUAUACAGCAAGAUUGGUUACUGGGUAUGACAUAUCUGCUUAGUGUACAAAAAAGAUGUCUAAGAGAAGCACAUAAUAUUUUAAUAAAGUUGCCACAAACAAAAUUAUACAUUCAAAGUGCAAUGUAUUAUUAUAGUUUGGAAUUACAUAAAAGCUUAUAUAAAGAUUUUGAAAAUUUAUAUUCAUUUGAUCCAUUGAGUUUAAUAUGGAAAAUGAUGGAUAUAGCACAUAAAUGCAAAAAAUCGGAUAUUUAUAAACCAUUUAAACAUUGGCAAACAUGUUUAUUUAAAAUUUAUGGGAUAAACAAGACAGAAAUUUCUGAAUCAGAUCAAGAAGUAGAAGAUAACAAUGAAAUUGAAGAUUAUAAAGAAACAGAUGAUAUUAUAGCGCCUACUCAAAGUUCAAGUGUAUUUACUGAAAAAUCUAGAGAGGACGAAACAUUAACGGAAAAUUCGUUGCAUGAUAGGAGAAAUAAAAUUGAACAAAACUUGUCAGAAUCUAAUGAUAAAAAUAAUGUGGAAUGGACUGAUAAUUGGGGCGACUUUUCAAAUGAAGAUGUAAUAGAACACAUAGGGAACAAAACAGAUAUUUUAAAUCAAGAAUUGUAUAUAGAGAAUAAUAUUUCUCUAGUAAAAGAUAUAGGAGAAUGUGUCACAGAAAAAGAUCGCUUUGAAGCUUUUGAAAAAAUAUUUAAUAAAAUACAAAAUGUUGAUCAUUUUUAUGAAGCAAAAAGAUUAUUACUGCAGUGGCCGAAAUUUGAAGAUCCUGAGUAUACACAAACUGACAAACAUCCGAUUCUGAAAAUGAUGAAAAUAGUGAAUAUUCAUAUUAUAGAAAAAGAUAAAAACAAACAUAAUAAACAAAUUUUUGAAGAAUAUAAAGAAUUAAUUAAAGCAUUGUCUUCAACAAAUGUACUCAAAGAAUUCUUAGAUACUGAAGAAAUUCCCCUUGAACAUGCAAUUUAUAUUAGAUUAGAUAUGGAUGAUUCUAAACUCCAUGAAGAAGCAGUAAACAUUCUCGAAAAAAAAUAUAAAGAAUUGACAUUGUCAGCACCAAUACUAGAAAUAUUAUUUUUGAGAAAUUUAACAGCAUCUUUUAACCCAAAUCAUGAAAUUUUUGGACAAAUCAUUGAACAUGUUCUUGUGAAUCAAUCUUUAACGAAUAUUAAGGAUAAUGCAGAAAUUCUUGUACAGGAAUUAAGGAAAAAAAAUCAUAUUGCUCAUGCCUUAUGCAUAAUUAGGCUAAUGGAGGAUAUACCACCAUCUUUAUGCACAUUUAAUACUUGUUAUGAACUUCUGAUGAGAAAAUAAUUAUUUAUUCCUUUCUAUAUUAAACCAGUACU